CUACUUUACAAAGGCUAUAUAAACCCUAGACUAGCACAAGGUUCCAUCCAACACAAACACAUACAUCUACUUAUUAACCAUGAAGCUUCAUGGACUAGCCUUGAUAGGUUUUCUAAUUGCCGUGGUGAGUUGCAAAGCUAUUGAGGAAUGCCGAGAGAACGAGCCAUUCACAUGUGGAAACACUGAUCAGUUAAGCAGUAAAAGUUUCCCAAAAGACUUCAUAUUCGGUGUUGCUUCUGCUGCUUACCAGGUGGAAGGGGGCAGAGGACGUGGUCUUAACGUUUGGGAUGGCUUCACUCACCGAUACCCAGAGAAGGGAGGAUCCGAUCAUGGGAAUGGAGACACUACUUGUGAGUCAUAUACGAGAUGGCAGAAAGAUAUAGACAUCAUAGACGAACUCAAUGCUACUGGCUACAGAUUCUCAUUUGCCUGGUCAAGAAUCAUUCCAAAAGGAAAGGUGAGUAGGGGAGUGAACAAAGGAGGUAUCGAAUACUACCACAAACUUCUAGAUGGCCUCAUCGCUAAGAAUAUAACCCCUUUUGUUACCCUCUAUCACUGGGACCUUCCUCAAACACUGCAAGAUGAGUAUGAAGGUUUCUUGAACCGCACCGUCAUAGAUGACUUUAGAGACUAUGCGGAUCUAUGUUUCAAGGAAUUUGGUGGAAAGGUGAAGAACUGGAUCACGAUCAACCAGCUGUACACAGUGCCUACGAGAGGCUAUGCAAUCGGAACAGAUGCACCCGGUCGAUGUUCUCCGGCGGUUGAUGAGAGAUGUUACGGCGGGAAUUCUUCAACAGAACCAUAUAUAGUUGCACAUAACCAGCUUCUUGCUCAUGCUGCGGCGGUCGAUGUUUACAGGAGAAAAUAUAAGUUCCAAAAAGGGAAGAUCGGACCAGUGAUGAUAACCAGAUGGUUUCUUCCAUUUGAUGAGACUGAUGCCAGCAGAGAUGCAGCUGAGAGGAUGAAAGAAUUCUUCUUGGGAUGGUUCAUGGAGCCGCUAACAAAGGGUAGAUACCCAGACAUCAUGAGGGAAAUUGUGGGUAGUCGGCUUCCCAAUUUCACGGAAGCAGAAGCGGAACUCGUUGCGGGUUCAUAUGAUUUUCUUGGUCUCAACUACUACACCACUCAGUACGCCCAGGCAAAACCUAACCCAGUUACAUGGGCAAAUCACACUGCCAUGAUGGACCCAGGCGCAAAGCUCACAUAUAACAAUUCACGUGGUGAAAAUCUUGGUCCACUGUUCGUUAAAGACGAAAAAAACGGGAAUGCCUAUUACUACCCAAAAGGCAUCUAUUACGUUAUGGACUACUUCAAAACCAAAUACAGUAACCCUUUGAUCUAUAUCACUGAGAACGGAUUUAGUACUCCCGGUGAAGAAAACCGUGACAAAGCUAUUGCUGAUUCCAAGCGGAUCGAUUAUCUCUGCAGUCAUCUAUGUUUUCUCCGCAAGGUCAUCAGGGAGAAGGGUGUCAACAUAAAAGGAUACUUUGCAUGGGCUCUUGGAGAUAAUUAUGAAUUCUGCAAAGGUUUUACCGUUAGAUUCGGACUUAGUUACGUUAACUGGACAGACCUCAAUGAUAGAAAUCUCAAAGACUCUGGCAAAUGGUACCAAAGCUUUAUUAACGGUACCAAUAAGAACCCUGCCAAACAAUAUUUCCGCCGCCCAAACCUCUCCUUCCAGAACCAGAAGAAGAAGCUCGCAGAUGCAUGAAACACUUUAUCCCACCAUCAUGAUCAUCUUCAUAUCUCUACUACUUGCUUCAUAGAUAAGGAGCUUGUUGUACUAAAUAAAAAUUCUAAUAAAAGAUGAUCAUUUACUAAUGAAUAUUUUCGUUUGAGUUCAA